GAUAAAUUUGCAGCCCCGAACCGUUCUCGCACUCGAUGCAGUGGCUGCGCGCCCCGUUUCGCCUUCCCCUCGGACUCUCUCCGUUUCCGCGUCUUCUUCCCUCGCUUCUCCCUUUCUCAGAACCCGCACAAAUCCCGCUCCUUCACUGCCGAACUGCCAUGUCCGGCCGCCGCACCGUCACCGACGUCCUCAUGGGCAACGCCCGCGCCGCCGCCAAGGCCAAGAACCCUACCCCUGCCUCCAGUGACCAAACCCUGACUCCUUCUAAGAAACCUAGAAUCUUAGGCGACGAUGCGAAAAACCUCAAUGAGGAUCCUCCUGUCGAUGGCAGCAAUUUCACCGUGGAGUUGAAGAGGAAGUGCGCCGACUUCAACCCCAAGAAGGCCACGUCCUGGAAGAACGGCGAGCCCGUGCCCUUCUUGUUCCUCGCGCGUGCCCUCGAGCUGAUCUCGAACGAGUCCGGAAGGAUCGCCAUGACGGAGAUCCUAUGCAACGUGUUUCGGGCCGUCAUUGCCACCACGCCUGGGGAUCUUCUUGCCACCGUUUACCUUUCAGCUAAUAAGAUUGCAGCGCCUCAUGAGGGUAUUGAGCUCGGGAUCGGCGACGCUUCUCUCAUAAAGGCACUCGCAGAGGCUUAUGGGAGGAAGGAGGAGCAAGUGAAGAAACAACUCAAGGAACUGGGUGACUUGGGUCUUGUGGCCAAAGCUAGCCGAUCGUCUCAGAAAGUGAUGUUCAAGCCUCAACCUUUGACGAUAUCUAAGGUGUUCAACACAUUCCGUGCUAUUGCAAAGGAGUCUGGAAAAGAUAGCCAAGACAAGAAAAGGAAUCACAUCAAAGGACUUCUUGUUGCAGCAACUGAUUGUGAACCUCAGUAUUUAGUUCGUCUUCUCCAGUCUAAGAUGCGAAUUGGGUUGGCAGAGAAAACUGUCCUAGUAGCUCUUGCACAAGCUUCUGUGUUCUCUGAAACAAAUCAAAAUCAACAUUCACAAGCUCAACCUGAUUUUGAAGAGGCUGGGAGAAUUGUCAAACAAGUCUAUUCAGUACUCCCAAUCUAUGAUAAAAUUGUUCCCGAGCUUCUUUCUGUGGGAGUGUGGAAACUUCAAGAGGCAUGCAAAUUUUCUCUAGGUGUUCCUGUGGGGCCUAUGUUAGCUAAGCCAACAAAGGCAGUGUCUGAGAUACUUGAUAAAUUUCAAGGAACAGAAUUUACCUGUGAAUACAAAUAUGAUGGUGAACGUGCCCAGAUACAUUAUAUGGAGGAUGGAUCAGUUGAGAUAUAUAGUCGGAAUGCAGAAAGAAAUACUGGGAAGUACCCAGAUGUUGUUAGCUCAGUGUCAAGAUUCAAGAAGGCUAAUGUGAAAUCCUUUGUGCUAGACUGUGAAAUUGUUGCAUAUGACCGUGAGAAACAAAAGAUAUUACCUUUCCAGAUAUUGAGUACUCGAGCUCGGAAAGGAGUGAUCCUAAGUGACAUAAAAGUAGCAGUUUGCACAUAUGCCUUUGACAUUCUGUAUAUUGAUGGCCAACCUCUUCUUCAAGAUCAGCUGAAAAUUCGUAGAGAGUAUCUUUAUAGUUGCUUUGAGGAAGUUCCUGGGAUAUUUCAGUUUGCAACUGCAAUAACAUCGAAUGACCUGGAGGAAAUUCAGAAAUUUCUUGACACUGCUGUCAAUUCCAGUUGUGAAGGUCUGAUUAUAAAGACGCUGGAUAAGGAUGCUACCUAUGAGCCUUCGAAGCGAUCAAAUAAUUGGUUAAAGUUGAAGAAAGACUACAUGGAAAGCAUUGGUGAUUCCCUUGACUUGGUACCUAUUGCUGCAUUCCAUGGUAGGGGAAAGCGUACAGGUGUUUAUGGUUCGUUCCUUCUUGCUUGCUAUGAUGAACAUAAUGAGGAAUAUCAAAGCAUUUGCAAUAUAGGUACUGGUUUCUCUGAAUCACAGCUUGAAGAAAGAUCAACAAGUCUUCGCAGUAAAAUCAUUCCAAAGCCCAAGCCAUAUUAUCGCUAUUCAGAUACAAUGAAUCCAGAUGUAUGGUUUGAGCCAUCAGAGGUUUGGGAGGUUAAGGCUGCUGACUUGAGCAUCAGUCCUGUUCAUCGUGCUGCUAAUGGUGCUGUUGAUGCAAAUAAAGGAAUUUCACUACGAUUUCCUCGUCUGCUACGUGUGCGUGAUGACAAAACCCCUGAAGAAGCAACAACAUCUGAUCAGGUGGCUGAUAUGUAUCGUGCACAGAAGAUCAACCAUUCAAACAAUCAAGAUGAUGAUGAUGAUUGAUCUAGGAUCCUUGUUUACUGGUUUUCACCUUAUGCAAUCCUAACUGGAUUCCGGAGUCCUUAAGUUGUCUUCAGAUUGACAUUUAUUAUUUAUCAGAAACUGAGCUUGUGUGCUUGUUCUAAUUCAUGUAUCAAUUUUGUAAUUACCUAUGUCUGCUCGGCAACAUUGUCAAACAUUGUGAACCAAGAUGAAUUUUUGUAACUGUGUUACUUCACAUGGUUCAAAUUCAAGUAGUAACUUUUAGGGAUUAUGUAAACUGGUUCUUUUAUGCUUCAAAUCUAGUUUUAUUUUUAAAUUCUUAUGAUUGUAUAAACAAAUUUACAAUUUUGUGAUAGUUAUCAAAAAGUAUCAUUGGCAUUUAUAUGAA